UUGCGCUUGCGCAAGUAUGGCGGCGCCCAGUGCGGCGAUGGAGGCGGCUGAGCUGGGACCGGAGGAGCUUGUGUGCGCCAGUGGGCGGAACCGCAAAGCCGUUCUUUGCCAGCGCUGCGGCUCCCGCGUCCUUUUGCCCGGAGCUGCAACCUUCACCCGCAGAGAGCUGUUUCUUCCUGCUAUGAAGAAGAAGACCGCUUUGGUGACAAACAGUGACCUAGAAGGGGAUGUUUUGCAGGACCACUGGCUAGUUGAGGACAUGUUUUCUUUUGAAAAUGUUGGUUUCACCAAGGAUGUUGGAAAUGUAAAGUUCCUGAUCUGCGCAGACUGUGAAAUUGGUCCUAUUGGCUGGCACUGCUUGGAUGAUAAAAAGAGUUUUUAUGUGGCCUUGGACCGUGUUUCUCAUGAAUGAAAUGCUCAUAGCUGACCAAAAGUGGCUCCUAGUCACCUGGUUACACCACAUUCUAAAUAACUUUCCAAGUUCAUGGCCUCCAUAUGCAGGCUUGAAACUGGCACAAAUGAAAUGCCCUUUUCAGAUGCAUCAAUUGAAAUAUUUGCUUAUAUUGUUUGUUCAGUUGCAACUCAUUUGUACUGACCAAAUUUGUACUGACCAAAUUUGUACUGAUAUUUAAUAAUGUCCAAUUAUGUGCAUAUACUUUGAAACACACAGUUCCAUGCAAAGUGGCAAUUCAAUUUCCUUAGUAAAAAAGGAAAGAUAUUCAGAAUUUUGUUCUCUGGAAAAUAAGUGUGUAAUACAACAGGGAAUAAGGCUUCUGAUUUUUGGGGAGAGGAGAGGUCAUACAAUAUUGUGAUUUAUGGCUUUCUGCUCUGUUCUGGAUAAAAGAGUAAACAUUUGUGAUUUUGAAUGUUUACCGAUAUCUAAUGUUUACAAAUAACUGAAUUUCCACUUCAAGAUCAUUGUUAAUUAAAAGUCAGUUACAGGUCAUCUUAAAUAUAAAGAUAGUCAAACUGCAGGAGGUAAUAAUGGAAAAUUGAAACUGAAUUUUUAAUUGAAUUGAAAUCAUGCAUUUUAAUGUAUGUAUUGUUUAUAUUGGAAGUACCAAUAGCUAAUGAAAAACGGCUCUAAUAGGUGUAAUCUUACAGUUUCUAAUAGAACCUCCAUUAUUAAUCUUUUUUUUAAAGUUACUGUAACACAACUCAUUACUGAAGCCCCUUGCAAUGAUAUGGUCAAUGAAUCACCCAGCAAUCAUUUAGUCUAGUUAAGAGUACUAUCUAAAUGUGGGUCCUUUAUUUUUCCUCUGUCUAGAACAGAGGUGUCAAACUGCCGGCCCACAGGCCGAUGCAUCACGUGGAAGCCAGGGGAAAAAAGUCUUGACACAUCGUGACAUGUCACAUGACGUGGUGACUUUGACACCCCUGGUCUAGAAGAAAAUAGAGAACUAAGCCAUGUUUUAUUCUCUGGCUUCUAUGGUGUACCAAACCCUUCAUUUAGAUGUCAAGUUUAGAGUGUUCUCCAAGACUUGGGAGUACGGUGGAUAUUGAACCAAUCAGUUGCCUUUAUUAUAUUGUACUGUCUGUUUGGCAAUAUGCCUGCUUCUUUUUUGUUCAAUUAUAUAAUUCCUUUUAGUUUUAAUUGUAAAACGUCCAGGGUUGUUUGGACUUGGGCUGCCUCUGAAUUUCAAUAAAUAAAAAUAGGCUGUGUGAAAGAUGGUCAGCUUAUUAGCUACAUGCUCUUCAUAGGAUGGACAACUCCCAGGGAGAGGGCAUGUUUAUAGCUUAAUCUUAACCAUGCUAAGUAUGACAUGAAUGCUGUUAAAAUGCUACAGUGAUUCUGGUUUCUCUGUGUUAAUUUAAAGAAAUAACGUUAGCUGAGGUUUGUUUUUUUUAUUUAAAUUUAUUGGGGUUCAUAAUGCUCCCACUCCAACCAUACAUCAAUUCAUGUUUGUGAAUUGUACAUGUAUAGGUUUUUCAUCUCUGGAUAUCUGUAUAAAAGUUUGGAUAUUCAGAAAUAAAGAUCAGUGGUACACAACACUGACACUGAACUUCAGUGAGUUCAGUUUUACUGCAGGAGUAGCUUUGUUACAUAAGCCAUUCUUCAGGCUUUGUUCAUGGUUUCUAAACGCUAUAGGUACCAAUUAUGUACAGGGUAGGAGUGCACAGCUUCCAAAGGUGAAUAAUGACUGUAAGGGACUGGUAUUGUGUCUAAUUUUGCACUUGGAUGUCAUCUUCACACUAUCAGCUAGCUGGAGAGCAAGCCCAAUUCAAUAAAGAAAAUUUGGGGCUAGAUAUUCCAAAAAAUGACUUUCUGGGUUCUGCUGGAUAAUUCAGCUGUCAUUGCUCUCUU